AAUCCCAUAUCCAAAACAUAACUCCCAUUCUUCACUCUAGCGUGUGUAGAGAAUAGAGAGAGCAUGGCCAAAUCCCCACAAGAAGAACACCCACAGAAGGCCUUUGGCUGGGCUGCAAGAGACCCUUCUGGGAUCCUCUCUCCCUUUCAUUUCUCCAGAAGAGAAAAUAGUCCUGAUGAUGUCACAGUAAGAGUCCUUUUCUGUGGAGUUUGCCAUACAGACUUGCAUUCUAUUAAGAACGACUGGGGUUUCACUAGGUACCCCAUUAUUCCCGGGCAUGAAUUCACGGGCAUAGUGACCAAACUGGGGAAGAAUGUGAAGAAAUUCAAAUUGGGUGACAAAGUUGGGGUGGGGGUGAUGGUUGGGUCCUGCAGGUCGUGUGAGAGUUGCAAGCAGGGCUUGGAGAAUUACUGCCCCAAAAUGAUGUUCGCUUACAACUCCAUAUAUCAUGAUGGCACCAAGAACUAUGGUGGUUACUCUAAUAUGGUGGUGGUUGAUCAGCACUUUGUUCUUCGCUUCCCUGAUAACCUACCCUUGGCUGCCGGUGCGCCCCUACUCUGUGCUGGGAUCACAGUCUACAGCCCAAUGAAAUACUAUGGAAUGACUCAGGCAGGCAAGCAUCUGGGUGUGUCUGGGCUUGGAGGCCUCGGUCAUGUUGCGGUGAAGAUAGGCAAGGCAUUCGGGCACAAAGUUACUAUUAUCAGUGCCUCGCCAAAUAAAAAGGAUGACGCCAUCAAAAGGCUCGGCGCCGAUGCCUUCCUUCUCUCCACUGACCCUACAAAAAUGAAGGCAGCUUUAGGUACCAUGGACUACAUCAUCGACACGGUGGCUGCAGUCCAUCCCCUGGGUCCUCUUCUUGGGCUGCUCAAGGUGAAUGGAAAGCUGAUCACUCUGGGCUUGCCCGAAAAGCCCCUGGAGCUGCCUAUCUUCCCUCUGGUCUUGGGGCGGAAGCUUGUUGGGGGAAGUAAUAUAGGAAGCACGAAAGAGACACAGGAAAUGCUGGAGUUCUGUGCCAAGCACAACAUUACUGCAGAUAUCGAGAUGAUAAGGAUGGAUUACAUAAACACUGCCAUGGAGCGACUUGCCAAAUCUGAUGUCAGGUAUAGGUUUGUGAUCGAUGUGGCGGGGUCCUUGUCAGAGUAGACGAGGCAUGGGAGUUUGUAUAGCUGCUGUUGCAUGCCUCCCCUUGUUUUGAGGCAUGGUGUAAAUUAAAUAAGUUGGAAAUGUUAUGGUUUCAGUAUAAUAAGCAAAACAUCCAUUGCAUCUAA